AAAAUAAAUCCUGCCCGGGACCCGAGGCAAACUGGGCUGGCAGAGAGGGCGCCCACAGUCUUGCCUCCUUCUCCCCUCGGAGCAUCCCAUCCUGCCCCGCAGACCAGUCGCUUGGCACGGACACCUCCGCCAAACUAAAUCAGACAUGGCAUCUGAAAAAAAGCAACCGGAUUCCAGCUCAGCUCCAGCCCAAGUGCCUUUGCCUGCACCCCUCAGUGACCUGAAGAUUCAAUAUACGAAGAUAUUUAUAAACAAUGAGUGGCAUGAUUCAGUUAGUGGCAAAAAAUUCCCUGUCCUUAACCCUGCGACCGGAGAGAAAAUCUGUGAAGUGGAAGAAGGAGAUAAGGAGGAUGUUGACAAAGCUGUUAAAGCAGCAAGAAAAGCUUUUGAGCUUGGAUCCCGCUGGCGCACAAUGGAUGCUUCUGAAAGAGGAAAGCUGUUGAACAAAUUGGCUGAUUUAAUUGAACGGGAUCGGCUCCUGUUAGCUAGUAUGGAGAGCAUUAAUGCAGGGAAACUCUUUUCCAAUGCCUACCUAAUGGACUUAGGUGGCUGUAUCAACCCUUUACGCUACUGUGCAGGUUGGGCUGAUAAAAUCCAUGGGCGUACCAUCCCAAUGGAUGGAAACUAUUUCACAUAUACAAGACAUGAACCUGUUGGAGUCUGUGGUCAAAUUAUACCUUGGAACUUCCCACUGGUGAUGUUCAUCUGGAAGAUUGCCCCAGCUCUCUGUUGUGGAAACACUGUGGUCGUCAAACCGGCAGAACAGACUCCACUCACUGCGAUUCAUAUGGGCUCUCUAAUUAUAGAGGCAGGAUUUCCACCAGGAGUCGUGAAUAUUGUUCCAGGAUAUGGACCCACUGCCGGAGCAGCCAUUUCCAAUCAUAUGGACAUAGAUAAAGUGGCAUUCACAGGCUCCACUGAGGUUGGAAAGAAGAUCAAAGAAGCUGCUGGAAGGAGCAACUUGAAGAGGGUCACCCUGGAACUUGGAGGGAAAAGUCCCAAUAUAAUCUUUGCUGAUGCUGAUAUGAACUGUGCAGUUGAAUAUGCACACAUUGGCCUAUUCUACCAUCAGGGGCAAUGUUGUAUAGCUGGAUCUAGAAUUUUUGUGGAAGAGCCAAUAUAUGAUGAAUUUGUACGUAGGAGUGUGGAAAGAGCUAAGAAAAUUGUUGUUGGAAAUCCUCUGACUGCUGGAGUACAUCAAGGUCCUCAGAUUGAUAAGGAGCAGUAUGAUAAAAUACUGGCAAUGAUUGAGAGUGGGAAAAAAGAAGGAGCCAAACUUCAUUGUGGAGGAGGGCCCUGGGGAGACAAAGGCUUCUUCAUCCAGCCCACAGUUUUCUCUGAUGUUACCGAUGACAUGCUCAUUGCCAAAGAAGAGAUAUUUGGACCAGUGCAGAUGAUUAUGAAAUUCAAAACUAUAGAUGAAGUCAUCAAAAGAGCAAACAACACUCCCUAUGGCCUAGCAGCUGCAGUAUUUACCAAAGACAUCGAUAAAGCUUUGACAUUUACAUCUGCUCUUCAGGCUGGAACAGUCUGGGUUAACUGCUAUAGUGCAAUGUCUGCUCAAUGUCCUUUUGGAGGAUUCAAAAUGUCUGGAAAUGGUCGUGAGCUGGGAGAGUAUGGCCUUCAUGAAUAUACAGAAGUCAAAACUGUCACAAUCAAAAUUCCACAGAAGAAUUCGUAAAGUCAAUGCACAAAAGAGGACCUGACAAUUUUUAUGGCUAAGCAAAAUUGUGAAGGCCUGCAAUACUGCAAAACGUUUUGUAGCUGAAGUUUUCAUUUAAACUUUGAUUCUUUUUCUUUCUAUCAAAACAAAUGCUUUUAACCACUAUUAACUGUUGUUUUUAGAAAUUCCUUAACCUGUUUCACUGAGAAAGGGAAAUCUUAAUGCCAAUAUCAAACAGUUUUGUAAUGUUAGUGAAAAGAGUCAUUUCCUGGUUUAGGUAUAUCAAUGGUUCUGUGGAAAACAAAUUGUUGACAAAUAAUUUUUACACAAUUUGGGUGAGUGCAUUGUCUGUGACAUUGUUAGUUGUCUUUGUUAUGAGUUUUUCACAAGCAGUCACACGUGUCUCAGAUGUUUUGUUAUCUGGGAAAAUCAUUAGCAACCUUUUGGUGCAUGGUAUAGAUUCAGAUCUGUUCAUAUUAACUUUUGUACAAAGGUGCUUUGGAUGUAAACUUUAUUAAAAUCUACUCAUUAAGCUGUUAUUAAAUCAGUUAUUUUCUAAGAUAAACUAGAUUUAUUAGAAAUUGGUGAAUUUCAGGCAAUAGCUAUGUGUCACUCUGUUGCAGUAUUUUAAAACUAGUAAAUUAAUUAUGGCAGAAGCUUUCAGCAAAGUGUAGUGGUUUGAGUAUUGGACUAUGGCAGGAGACCCAUGUCUGAAUCUCCAUUUGGCCAUAGAAACCCAUUUGCAACCUUGGCAAGUCAUAUCUUCUCAGCCUCAGAGGAAAGCAAAAGGCAAAUAACAUUUGAACAAAUCUUGCCAGGAAAACCCCAUGAUAGGUUCAUCUUAGGGUCACCAUAAAUAAAAAAUAACAUGAAGGCAGACAGCAACAACAAGCUUUCAUGGAUAACAGUCAAUUUCAUCAGAUGCUGGAAUUAAACUAAGUCUCACAAUGUUUUCUUUAUUUUCACAUUUAUAACUGGACACCAAACUUUGUUGAAAGGACAUUGUUUAUGUGCAUACACCAUUUCAAAAACUAAAAUAUUUGGAGUCAGGCCAAAAUAGACAUAAGUUCUACACAACCCAGUAGCCAACCAGAAGUGCCGAAAAGUUCCUUUAAAAAAUUAAGCCAGGCCUUUCCACUAUUGCCAGUUGGAGCAAGCUAUUGCUGCAUUUAUUCUCAUCCAUUUCCAUUGCUAUAGAAAUAAGGGACAUUAUUCUGUGACAAGUUUAGGAGACACCAAAAGCAUUACCAUUGUUUAGAAACAAUUUCUCCAAUUCAUAAGCCAUGAUGCAGUAGCCAAAGAGCAACAGGAUAUGUUCAUUGGGUUGUUUUACAGGAACAUUGAUCUGUGUAAGAACUAGUCAAGAAAAGGUACUAUAUGGAAGAAUGAUGUAUUCCUCCUAAUAAUGAGAGUGGAAACACCACCCUGUUUUUGAAUAUUGAGGAAACAGUGGCUGAAGGCCAAAACAUAGAGACCUAUCCCAAGACUGAUCAUCAUAGGCCCCUUCUACACUGCCAUAUAAUUCAGAUUAUCAAAAUUGAUAGUCCACAUUAUCUGCUUUGAACUGGAUUAUGGGAGUAUAUACUGCCAUACAAUUCAGUUCAAAGUCAAUCAGAUUUUAAAUGGCAGUGUAGAAGUGGCCACAGUCACCUUAAUCUCAUUGUGAUCAUACAAACAAACAUUAAGCCACUCCUGACAAGAAGUCUUGCUUGUUUUAAUUUACAUUUCAGUAGUUCAACUGAAAAAAAAAUAUUGAAAGUGUCUAGUGGUAAGAGAGCAAUUAUGAUACAGCUCACCUUGUUUCUUUGCACACAGACUUCUAGAACCUGGGGCAGCUACCCAGGUUCUAGCAUUCCCACUAAAUGUAUUUCCAAUGGAGGAGAGGCAGAAAUUUCCCAUGGCUGUUUAUGAGACAGAGACCUCGCCAAAUAUAUGCGAUCUAGUUUAUUUCCAAAUAAAUUGAUGUUUCUGCUUC